UACUGUUAGAAUAUUCAUAGAUAAUUUAUAAGAACUUGAACGGUUAAUUAUCUAACAUACGUAUAUUGUCUUUCGUAAAACGUGAAAAUAACCUAUUUCUAGCCGAUGUCAAUAAUCUUUUUAUAUAAACAUAAAUUAAAAUUUUCACAAAGAGACAAAGUUAAAAAGUUCAUAACAUUUACACAAACCGGUGAGCAAACUGCAAUUUAUUGUUUAACUCAAAACGAUUGGAAGUUAGACCUGGCGAGUGAUAAUUAUUUUCAAAAUCCUGAAGCAUAUUACAAAGAACCUAAAAAUUCUGUAGAUAAGAAAAAAUUGGAAAUAUUAUUUAGUAGAUAUCAAGAUCCAAAUGAACCUGACAAAAUUACUGCAGACGGUAUAAUGAAAUUUUUAGAUGAUUUGGGCUUAAGUCCAGAAAGUAAAUUAGUUUUAAUUAUUGCAUGGAAAUUCAGAGCAGAAACUCAAUGUGAAUUUACUAAGGACGAAUUUAUGAAUGGCAUGAUGGAUUUAGGAGUGGACAGUAUAGAUAAAUUAAAAGCACGAUUAAAUAGUUUAGAGAAUGAAUUGAGAGAUCCGCAAAAGUUUAAAGAUUUUUAUCAGUUUACAUUUAAUUAUGCAAAAAAUCCAGGACAAAAGGGACUGGAUCUUGACAUGGCAAUUGCAUAUUGGAAUAUUGUAUUGGAUGAUAAAUUUAAAUACCUCCAAUUAUGGUGUCAAUUUCUUCAAGAACAUCAUAAGCGAUCAAUUCCAAAAGAUACAUGGAACUUGCUAUUAGAUUUUGCGCUUAUGAUUAAUCCUGAUAUGAGUAAUUAUGAUGAAGAAGGAGCAUGGCCAGUAUUGAUUGAUGAUUUUGUAGAAUGGGCACAGCCUCGCGUUCGUCAAUCUCUCUAACAUCCUUUUGAUAUAUCUUUCUCCAAUAUAAAGAGCUUUAUUUAUUCGAUUACACACGCAAAUAAUAUUCAAAUAAGAUUUGAGUAUAUAACAUAUAUCCCUGAUAAAACAUGACGUUACUUUUGUAUAGUAUCUAUGAUUUAAAAGAGAAGUCCACUAAUUAUCAUAUAUUGCAUGCUUGUAAUCUGAAUUAUUAAAUCUUGAGUAAUUUUUUUUGAAAUACUGAAGUCUGGUAAUUGUCUUACGUAUAUAAAAACUAUUUCAAAAUGUAUUGAUUUAACGGAAAAGAAAAAAAUGCAAAGAUAUUUUUAUAUCAUUUUAUAUCAAGUACACAUUCUAGAUUGUACAAAAUUGUUAUAUAUUUAAUUUGUGCUCUACAUAUCGUUAUUCUCUCAAUUAAUGGCGCGAAGUACAUUGAAAAAGCUUAUCUUAGUGAAUGUACUGUACAAAGUAAUAUGUUAUGUAUUAUGUUUAUAUAGGAACACGAUAAUUCUAAGCGAUGAGACUAAACUACCAAAGGUAUUUGCAAGCAUCUUUCAGAAUAUAAAUUCGUGUGUUCCUUUAGGAGUAUCAGGCUUGAAAAGCAACAAAUUAUAAGAGAGACUCUAGUUAAUGUUUUCUGUAGAUAGUAUUUGCUAGGGAUUGCGUUGUUGAGAAUUGUUAUAAAAUGAACAGCCACACUUCUAUGCUAUUCUUGUAAUAUAUAUAUGUAUAUAUAUAUAACUUAAAUUUAUAUAUAUAUAUAUACACAUAUACAAAAACAAAAAGAGAAAAAAUAUGUAUUGUAAACAAAAUAUCUUGGCACAGUUAUACUUACAUAUUGAAUUUUUCUAUUUAAUAACAAGACAAAGAAAAUUUUAUUUUUAUCAUUAUUAUACGCAUUGUAACUCUGAAAUGACAUAGAACAUGAAAAAAAAAAAAUAAAUUUGCUUUUGUUUUUUUAUAUAAAUGUAGAGCAUUAGUUCUAUUUUUAGUUAAAAAAAAAAAAUAAUAAUAAUAACAAUAAUAUGUUUAAACCAUUAGAUUGUCAAAUACUUUUAAUAUUUGUUGUGAUUAUUUAAUGAUAGAAUGAUUUAUUAUUCUAUUUAAACAACAUAAAUCUAAUGUAGAACAUUUUUUAUAAACGUAAUGUUGUAUGUAUAAAUUCAUAACAAUUGUAACUAUUUUGAACUUUAUUCAGUAUAAGAAAAAUUAUUCAGAGCAUACAUUAUGAUUAAGAAAUUAAAAUAAUAUAUUUAAAGCAACCAUACGAAGGUGCGACAUAGAAGUUAGUAAAAUUUGAAAUAUCUCGCGUCCACAAAUUUCAGAUUUUUAAAUAUAUUUUAUAAAACUACUUAAUAUAUUAGAUGGGGAAAAAAAAAUAAAAUAAAAAAAGAAAAAGAAAUUCAGGAUAUGUAACUACUGUAAGAAAAAUCCAAUUAUAUACAAUUAAAAUGAAAUUUGCACAGAGCUAAAAAUUUCAUGGAAAAUAUGUAUAUCAUCUUUGUAAACACAUAAUACUACUAAAAAAUUAAUUUUGAAGAUGUGCAAUAUUACUUUUUUAGUAGUCUCAUGAUUAUCAUGUAGAGCAACAGGUUUUAAUGAUAAAAAGAAUGUAAAUAUUGUAAAUAAAUAUCGAUCUUAAAUCUA